ACAUAUGUUCCCUAGAUAAAAACAACAAUAACAAACCAAAACAUGGAAUUCUUACACGAAUCAAUAGCACUCGGCGUUGAUUUGAUAAUACUGGGGUUGUGUGCGCGCGAAUAUGUGCACUAUAAACGUACUGCCCAAGUGCUCAAGACGGCACCGCAAUACAACAUAGACGAUCAGCUGAAAUCGGUGGUGGAGAAGCAACCCGACAAGAAGCUACCCUAUGCAGUGAUCCGAGGAACAGUUACCCCCAUCGGGGUUCCCCUGAGGAGCUCCCUGGUGCCCAGUGUAAGCGGAGUCCUGCAGAUCGUGAAGCUGCACGAGCACAGGAUCACCCGGGGAUUCGCUGGCUUCUGGACGGAGCACCACAAGCUGCUGCACGAGUCCGCCAACGAGAUGCCCUUUGAGUUGCGUAACCAGCAGCACGGCGUGGAGAUCGUGGACGCCUUGAGUGCGGCGAUCUUGGAUGUGGACAUGGUCUACGACAACUACGAGCCCUCGACUCUCUCCCUCUUCGACCACGUUUUCGGAUUCUUCUCGGGCGUCCGCCAGCGGGGGCUGCAGACGACGGAGGAGGUUCUCCGGGAGGGAAGCUUCCUCACGGCCAUCGGUGAACUGGAACUGGACGGAAGCUCACUGCGAAUGCAGCCCUCGCGGGAGGGACCACUCUUCCUGACCACUGCCACCAAGUCCACGCUUAUCAAGCGAUUCGAAGACGCCAAGGCAGCAUCGAUACUCAAGCUGGUGGUCUGCGGCGCCAUUUCCGUCGUCCUAAUCGGCUUUAUUGCUAAGAAGAUCUAUAGGCGGAAAAAACAGGAGCGGGAGGAGGCCAAAAUACGCAGUCGUCUGGAAACGGAGCGCCGGGAACGACGCGCGAGGAAUCGUCCUCACACUUUGUCCCAGGAUCAGCUCUGCGUUGUGUGCUCAACCAAUCCCAAAGAGAUCAUCCUACUGCCGUGCGGUCAUGUCUGCCUCUGCGAGGACUGUGCCCAGAAGAUCUCCGUCACCUGCCCCGUGUGUCGUGGGAACAUCGCCUCCAAGGCAGCCGCCUUCAUCGCCUGAAAAUCAACCGAAUGCCAACCACAUCACAAAGUACCUGUGUGCGGGUCAACCCAAUAUUUUGUUACAAUGCUCAAGUGCGGCAUUUAUUUUAAAAUUAUUUAAAGUCUUGACAACGAAAAGCUA